CCAGUGUGUGUGAGUGUGACCUGGGAGAGCAAUCAGCUGGUGAUGAUGGGAUGCAAACAUCAGACCUGAGCUGGUCCAUACAAUAACCAGGGCUGGAUGAGGGAUCAGGAUGCAUCCUGCUGCACCAGCUUGAGGAACAAAGCAUGGAGGAGGGAGCAGCCCUGUGCUGGGAUGGUGUCUGUGACAAUGAACCAAUGAUAAAAGUGUAGCAGGAGAAACUGUCUGCACGACAAUGCGAAACAGCUGAGAGUCACAGACACCUCGAACUGUAAAGAUCAAGGAUACAUUAUUUCGGCUAAAGAAGUGCCAUCAGCAGAGUGCUUGAUUGAACUACACCAACAAGGAAUAGGCUCCGCUCAGAAAGAUCUUUCAUGAAGCUGACUGAUCAAGUAAAUCAUGGAUUGUAAUAAGAGUUGGCGAGAGUUAAGGUUUGUUCUACUCCGAUAAAGAUCUGGUUAAUCAUGACUGCAAUACAGGUGGCUCUCUAGGAAUUAAUGGACUGCUUUGCUAAGAUUAAUCACACAGGUCCUUGCAAUCAAUAAAUGCAGAGGUAUGUGCAUGAAGAUAAUAAAUGGGAUACGAAGUGGGUUUGUUGUGUAACGACUCGUAAACUGACGUCAAGUCUUACCUGUCAGUAAAAUGGUUACAAGAGCAGAAACUGGUUUAAAUGGUUCACUGUACAAAGCAGACCAACAGAAACAGGAAUACUGCAGUUAGAAGAAAGAGAGGAUCACAUUUCCUUUUGUUUUGUUUUUUUCAUACGAGUAGAUUAAAAUACUAGUGGCAUUUUUGGAAAAAAAAUAGCUUCUUUCUAUAUGUAAAAAUUCACUAUUUUUUUAAUGACUCUUUUCUACAUCUUUGGAAGCCUGUUCAUAAUUGGAGCUUUGGGCUUUUCUUGCUUUGGGUAAUAGCUCAAAAGGAAAAUGUAUCUCCUGUAGGUUGGCUGCAGUAGCCACACAAGCUGUGAUUGUAUUUUUUUAUUUUUUUUUAUUUUAUGUUGUUUUUACAUACGACUACACAUUUUUAUAUUGAAAUGGCAGAAAAGUGUGAUUAUAUUGCCAACAUGUAUGGCUACGACUUAGGGAGCCAUUUUGUGGAUUUUAAGCCCUUGGGUUUUGGGGUCAAUGGAUUGGUCUUGUCUGCCACCGAUAACAAAAACUCAAGGAAAGUUGCUGUCAAAAAAAUCACUAUUGGGGAUGCGCGCAGCAUGAAACAUGCCUUGAGAGAGAUCAAGAUCAUCCGCCGACUUAACCAUGAUAACAUUGUGAAGGUCCAUGCAGUUUUGGGUCCAAGAGGAGCUGAUCUAGAAGGAGAUAUUCUAAAAUACAAUGUGGUGUAUAUUGUGCAGGAGCACAUGGAGACCGACCUGGCAAGGCUGUUGGAACAAGGUCCCCUGAGUGAGGAUCACGCUAAACUAUUUAUGUACCAGUUGCUUCGGGGCCUGAAGUAUAUUCAUUCAGCCAAUGUUCUCCACAGGGAUCUGAAACCAGCCAACAUAUUCAUCAGUACAGAAGACCUUGUCUUGAAGAUUGGGGACUUUGGGUUGGCGAGGAUUGUGGACCAGCAUUAUUCACACAAGGGUUAUCUCUCUGAAGGAUUGGUAACUAAAUGGUAUCGAUCGCCUCGACUUCUCCUGUCCCCAAACAACUAUACCAAAGCAAUUGACAUGUGGGCCGCAGGAUGCAUAUUAGCAGAAAUGCUAACAGGAAGGAUGCUAUUUGCUGGACACCACGAACUGGAGCAGAUGCAACUCAUCCUGGACACUAUACCAGUCAUUCAUAAGGAAGAUAAGGAUGAACUCUUGAAAGUAAUGCCAUCGUUCGUCAAUGCCACAUGGGAAGUGAAAAGACCUCUGAGAAAGCUGCUUCCCGAAAUAAAUAUGGAAGGUGUGGAUUUUUUGGAGAAGAUACUGACCUUUAAUCCAAUGGACAGAUUAACAGCAGAGGCAGCCUUGCAGCACACUUACAUGGCUCCAUAUUCAUGUCCUGAAGAUGAACCUAUUUCCAGUCACCCGUUCCGCAUCGAGGAUGAGAUUGAUGAUAUAUUGCUGAUGGAAGCCAGCCAAAGCGAACUCUCUAAUUGGGACAGGUAUCAGGUGAGUUUGUCCUCUGACUUGGACUGGAAGCAAGAACAAAGCCAUGGUAUGAGUGAAGUCCAAAGAGACCCUAGAGCUGGAUCUGAAUCACAAGUGGAGGAGGCUCAGGUCGAUCCUCGCAAAUACUCUCAGAGCAGUUCGGAACGGUUCUUGGAACAAUCCCACUCUUCUAUGGAUCGUGUUUUUGAGGGAGAUUGUGGUAGAUCAUGUGAAUAUAAAGUUGGAUCUCCAUCCUACUUGGAUAAAUUGCUAUGGAGAGACAACAAGCCACAUCAUUACUCUGAACCUAAAUUGAUUUUGGACCUAUCUAACUGGAAAAGAACAAUUCCACCUACUGGAGAAACACCACCUGAAGAUGACCCCUCCAACCUUUUUCUGGAAAUAGCUCAAUGGGUUAAGAGCACACAAGCAGGUCUUGAAUGCCCACCAAGUACCCUACCUGAAAUGCAAGAACAUCAUCAAUCAUCCUCUCCUCUACAGGAGGCACCAAAUGAUACCAGCAAGGAUACAGAGUCUCCAUUUGACUUGGACGUUUUUAUCACUAGAGCAUUAAAAUUAUGUACAAGCCAGGAGGACUUGCAAGACAAUAAACUCAGUGAUAUUAAUGGGGCCUGCAUUGCAGAGCACCCUAAUGAAAUUGUACAAAAGGAAGUAUUUCACAAGGACAGGUGGUAGUAGAAAUGUCUUUGAGUAUCAAUGUGUGAUUAUUUUAAUACUAUAUCAAUUCAAAUACACUAACCAUGUAACAGAUGGAAUAUUUUGCUGAGCACAUUUUUUAAUCAGUGGACAAUUUACAUUAACGGUUUGUAUCUAAUAUAUGGUGCAUUGCCAAAAGGCGCCUUCUGAUCUCUUGCUGCCCCUCUUGAGAGGUAUAUAGAAUGUAAUUAUCUGCAUAGCAUGAUUCUGAAUAAUUUCAUUUAAAGAGACGGGAGGUGUGCAUAUGUAGCUGUAGUUUGUAUGAAAGGCUUUUGAAAUGGAACUAUUGAUCCUGAAGUGUUUUCAUGUCUGAACAAAAUUUACAAGAUAACCAUCGCUCAGUAUUCUGUUUUGAAUUUGAAAACCUUAAACAUGUGUUUCAUUCUUAAUGAUUGCUAUUACUUAAAAAAGUAAUUUAAUUUUGAGCUUGACAAAUCGCUAUUAACAUUUUUAUUAACUACACCUUAAACUGCAUUUUUUUUUAUACCUCAAAGGGCACCAAAAUCAGCACUACUGGAUAGAAGGGUGUAGGUCAGGGGGUUGUUGAUGGGUCAUGAUUGGUGAGACUGAAUUGUAAAGGCCAGUGAUUGGCAAGACUGAGUUGUAAAAUAUGUGAUUUGGUAAAGAUCUUUCUUAUACCUAGGUGCAGUUGACAUGCAAAUUCAGGGCUAACACAUAGCACCGAUACUUGCACCCAUGCUGAUGUAUUCUGGGAGAGAUUGACUGAGUCGUAAUAUUAUAUCUUGUGUCACUACCUCAAUUCUAACAAGGAGAAGAGAUCUGCUCAUCUGAUGCCUCUUUAUUUAAGAGCAUGAGGGCUGUAAAUGACUUGCUGUCCCCCACAAGAAAAUAUACAACGUCAUAAGGGUUUGGUAUAUUUCCACCUGCAGUGUAGGUCCUACAAAGUAUACAAGUAUGGGAUUCCAUUGCUUGAAGUUGCUGUUUCAUACAUUGUGACUGCCUUUUUAUUCUCCCUAGGAGCUAGUGUCCCAUAUACAGUUUGUAGGUUUGUCAGGGGUGAUGGCUUUAGCAGGCUUUAAAAAGCAAUGAAUCCAGCAUCUCACGAAGCCUACAGAUUAGUGUUAUCAUUGGUAAAGGGUCCAAGGGGUUCUGCUGUUAAUAAACGCAUUAAAGAAAAUCUGCUCUUAUAAAAGUUCCUCUUACUGUGUUACCGUCCUUUGUGGUGGGUUGGACAACAAAACUCUAUGUGGGAGAGAGGUGAGGAUCAUUCUUACCAUUAGAGUUUAAUAAAUAAAGGGAACACCCCAAGCACCUUAAUAACUGCUGUAUUGGUUAUGGUCAGUUGAGCCCCCCUAUUUUUAAUUUCCAGUGCAUGUGGCUGGUGUUCGUGAGAUCCCAGCAUGCACCCGCCCGCCUGCCACCUCAACUUCUAAAUAGAUUGUGCUGUGUGUUGGGAAGGCUACCUGUGCUUUGUGUGUUGUGCGUUGUGUUAAUGGUGAGGUUUUGUUUCGUAUGUGAGAGGUGACUGUAUAUAACGACCACUAUCUUCAGGGGGUGACUGUGAUAAAGUAUUUAGGGGUACACUGUGGCAGGGUGAGGUGGGUGAGUGUGACUAGGUUAGGGGUGUGUGUUUGACUGGGUGAGGGGAAUGUGAAAAGGUGUGUAGCAGGGAGAGGGGUGUGAGUGAUUGUGGCAGGGUUAGUGGGGUUAUUGUGACAGAGUUAGGAGGUGAGUGUGACAGGGUGAGGGGUACAGAGUGAUAGUAUAUUGGGAUUGAUAUUUCUAAAGACCACUGUCUGCAUAUGUCCUUUGACCCUAUCCCUUCAUACACUGAUUGCAGGUAAUUCUGCUAAAAUAUUGGUUAGAAAGGAAAACGGCACAUGGGGCUCUCAGGUAAGAAUUGCUACUGUUCUAAAAUGGUACUACUCCUUAAAUAAGGGAACACCAGGACACUCCUGGCACCAUGACCACUACAGUUUACUGUAGUAGUGCUUGGGGUGUUAUUGUUAAAAAAGUUACAUUUUAUGUUUUGAGGCUUUAGUUCCAAGAGCACUCCCUAAAUGAUGUCCAAGAGAUAUCCAUCAUUGUGUGUAACCCUUAACGUUCUUGUACUGUACACUAGCCAGCUGUCCAACAUUGCUCAUAAAAGAGAUGCAGGAGUGUGGCACCUGUACGGCCACCUAAUAAUACUCACAUCACACACUUUUUGUUGCGUGACUGGUCCAGGCAUAACAUGUCAUUGUAUAUAUGCAACAGCUUCUCUUUACUGCUGUUCACUAUCAAAAUUUCCAUCUCUUAGAGUUUGUACGUAUGAAAAGAGAAUGUAGAAUGAAAGUUAAACUCAGGACUUUCAAACUAAGUUCUUGACAGUAAUGCAGCACAGAUUUCUCUAACACGCAAUUACACAAUUAACAUUUUUUAUUAUUAAGUACUAAGUAUUUUCUUGAAAACCUGGUUUGUUUACGACCCUCUGACAUCCCUGGUUUAACUUCGGUUCAUAAAAAACUUUAAAGCAAAGCAGGAAAAUAUUACUAAUCUUAAAGGGACACUCUAAGCAACAAAACUAGUGCAGUUUAUUGUAAUGGUUAUCAGGACUAGAUGGGGAAUUAAAAAAAUGUUUAUACCAGCCCUAUAAAUUGUCAUGCCAGAUUAUUGCACAGGUGUACAGUUGGAAAAAAUAUUAAUAUUGAAAAAUAUGUCUUCUUGUGUAUGAAAGCAUUUAUAGGACUCCAACAUAAAAUAACUGCUUCUUUUUUUUUUAAGACAAACAAAACGGGUAUAUUCCUUGACUGUUUUCUUGAUUCCUUGAAUUCUUAAUUGUAGUGGAUUGACAUCUGAAAGGUAAAACUUAGGAUAAAGUAGCUGAUCAUGAACUAUUCUCCGUCUUAGCUUUUGUCACAGCAUGGCUAUUCCAGCCUGCAUUUUGGAUUUCAGAAUUGAGACUAGGAAGAUGUACCUAAAUAAUAACCUGUUUUUAUGGUUUUCAUGUUAAUCUCAGACAUUCAGACUCCAUUCUCCUUCCCUGGAUGUCAUAUAAGGAGUACAAGUACUUGUUCAGUGUGAGCGUGCACUGUCUGCGUAUUCCAUGGUAGUCACUCUCUUUCCCUUAUAGGAAUAUGUGCUCUGAGCCUGCACACUCACAGCAUAAUUCCCUGGCCUGCUCAGAGUGACAUGCACUGAUCCAAGCACAGAUCUACAUUAUACGCAUGCAUAUUCACAGUAGCAAUUGCACAAGCAAGAAAGACGAACUUGCAGAGUAAGAUGUCACUGGUAGGAGAUCCAAGCCCGGGUGCUGCUAAUGAAGAUGAAAACCACCUAGAUUUAAUGUUUUCGCAUUCAGGGACCACAUUGUUGCAUCAUGAUUAUUAUAAUAAGCUGUAGUGGUUAUGGUACUUGAAGUGUUCCUUUAAACACAACAUAUAUAUUACAGGAGAUUGAUUGUUAAAGAUAAUGGUUAUGCUAACAGUUACAGUUUAUAAUACAUGAUGAAUGUUUUGUUUGUGGUAAUAUUAUUUUAUCCACAAUUUAUACAAAUGUAUUUAAGAUCUUUCACAUUGGAUUCUAUUGUG